CAUACCACCUGUUUUCCCUACCCAGAGGAUGAUCAUGGGGACAACACAGACACCCACAUGGGUGUUAAUAUGGAUGGCACUGGUGAUUGGUUUAACUGCCUCUCAAAGUGAGGAUACACCAAAGACCACAGUUAACAUCAUCCCCUCAAUGUCAAGGAUACCUGAGAUUGCAGGAGUGAGUCCUAUACAUAAUGGCCAAGUCUGCAGUACGUGGGGUAACUACCACUUCAAGACCUUUGACGGAGACAUCUUUCAGCUCCCCUCCACCUGCAACUAUGUUGUGACCUCACUGUGCCAUAGCAGUUAUGAGGAUUUCAACAUCCAGAUGAGGCGGCAGGUGGUGGACAACCAGCCCACCAUUAGCAAGAUAACCAUGAAGCUGGAUGGCACAGUGGUGGAGCUAUCCAAGGGUUCCGUUGUUGUUAAUGGGAAUAAUGCCACCUUACCAUUCAGCCAGUCUGGUAUUCUCAUUGAAGAGACUCCCUCCUACAUCAAGAUCAAAGCAAAACUGGGAUUGGUAGCCAUAUGGAACCAGGACGAUUCCUUCUUGGUGGAGAUGGACAUCAAAUUCAGAAAUAAGACCUGUGGUCUAUGUGGAGAUUUUAAUGGAAUUCAGCAAUUUGAUGAGUUCUAUAGCCAUGGUAUGAAAUUGUCCCCUGUCGACUUCGGAAACUUCUGGAAAUUGGAUGGACCCACUGAAAGCUGUACUGAAAACACACUGCCUUCAAAUCAGAAAUGCCCCAAUCUGAAACCAGUUUGUGAGCAGUUGCUCUCCGGUCCUGCCUUCAGCAGCUGUAAGGACUUAUUGGCCAUUGACUCAUUUGUUGAGGCCUGUGUAUCUGACCUGUGCCACUGUGAUAACAGCACCAAGUCCUUCUGCCUGUGCAACACUAUCUCAGAGUACUCCCGCCAGUGUGUUCAUGCAGGGGGGAAGCCCAAGCAAUGGAGGAGUGAACAGUUCUGCUAUAAGACAUGCCCCUUCAACAUGGAGUACAAGGAGUGUGGAAACCCCUGUGUUGACACCUGCUCCAACCCUGAGAGAGGCCAGCUGUGUGAGGAACACUGCUCAGAUGGCUGCUUUUGUCCUCCAGGAACCGUUUUUGAUGACAUCAACAAGAAUGGUUGUAUCGCCUUGAGUCAAUGCUCCUGCCGCCACAAUGGAAAAACCUACGCACCCGGAGAGUCUUAUUCAAGCACUUGUAAAGAUUGCUCCUGUGCUGGUGGUCAGUGGAAGUGUGUGGACAAGGACUGUCCUGGCACCUGUGCUGUGGAGGGUGGAUCCCACAUCAACACCUAUGAUGGAAAAACCUACACCUUCCAUGGGGACUGCUCUUAUGUUCUGACUAAGGACUGUGAUGGGAUGCAAUUCACUGUACUGGGGGAUCUGGUGCAGUGUGGGCUUUCUGACAGUGAGACUUGUCUAAAGGCUGUUACCCUGUCCCUCUCAGAAGGAGCCACUGUGAUCAACAUACAACCCAAUGGAAAAGCCUUUGUAAAUGGAAUCUAUUCUCAGCUGCCCUUUUCUGCUGCUGGAGUAACUAUUUUCAGAGCCUCCUCAUUUUUCAUCAUCAUCCAGACCACCUUUGGCCUCCAGUUGGAAAUCCAACUCUCACCAAUAAUGCAGGUCUAUAUUGCUGCAAGCACCGUUUGGCAGCAGAGAACUUGCGGUCUUUGUGGAAACUUCAACAACAACCAAGGAGAUGAUUUCAAGGUCCUGAGUGGAGUGACUGAGGGCACAGCCAUUGGUUUUGCAAACACCUGGAAAACACGAGCCAGCUGCCCAGACAUCAAGAGUAGCUUUGAAAGCCCCUGCAGUUUAAGUCUUGACAAUGAGAAGUAUGCCCAGCACUGGUGCUCUCAGCUGGCUGAUCCUAAAGGGUUGUUUGCUCCAUGCCACACAGCAAUAAGCCCAGACAUGUACAAAGAAAACUGCAUGUAUGACAGCUGUAACUGUGAGAAGAGUGAGGACUGCAUGUGUGCUGCCGUCUCCUCUUAUGUCCACGCUUGUGCUGCCGAGGGUAUCCAGCUCAGCGGCUGGAGAGACACUAUCUGCAACAAAUACUCCACCUCGUGCCCUAGCACCAUGGUCUACAGCUACAGCAUAAAAAGCAGUGAUCGCUCCUGCCGCUGCUACAGCGACUCUGACUUUACCUGUUCAAUCACCUUCGAGUCUGUGGAUGGGUGUGUCUGUUCUGAGGGAACCUACCUGGAUGAUGAGGGAAAGUGUGUUCCACCAGCCAGCUGCCCUUGUUAUUACAAGGGCUCAGUGGUGUCCCCUGGAGAGGUCAUGAGCAAGGAUGGAACCAUGUGCACCUGCAAGGAGGGAAAACUCCGUUGCAUUGGAGAUUCACCCGAUCAGCCAACAUGUGUUGCACCAAUGGUUUUCUUCAACUGCUCCAAUGCAAGCCCAGGAGUGAGAGGGUUAGAGUGUCAGAAGAGCUGCAACAUUCUGGAUAUGGCCUGUAUCAGCACAGAAUGCAUAUCAGGCUGUAUGUGUCCCUCUGGACUGGUAUCCGAUGGAAAAGGAGGCUGCAUCAAGCCAGACCUUUGUCCUUGUUCUCACAAUGGAGCUACUUACCAACCAGGAGACAGCAUCAAGGUCGACUGCAAUACCUGCACUUGUAAAGACAGAAAAUGGCAGUGCACAACUAACCUGUGCCAUGGAACCUGUGCCAUUUAUGGAGAUGGACACUACAUUACUUUUGAUGGGAAACGAUUCACUUUUGAUGGAGACUGUGAAUACACACUUACAAAGGACUACUGUGGUAGCAACAAUGCCAAUGGCAGCUUCAGAGUCAUCACUGAGAACAUCCCUUGUGGAACAACAGGCACCACCUGCUCCAAGGCCAUUAAGCUCUUCCUGGGGAACAGUGAAUUAAUUCUGACAGAAGGGAACUACCAAGUCAUUGAGAGAAAUACAGGGGAGGCGGUUCCUUACCAGAUUCGCACAAUGGGCAUCUACCUUGUGAUUGAAGCCAAUAAUGGUUUGAUUCUCAUGUGGGACAGGAAAACAAGCAUGUUCAUCAAACUGAACCCACAGUUCAAGGGACAUGUCUGUGGUCUGUGUGGAAACUAUGAUGGCAAUGCAAACAAUGACUUCACUACCAGGAGCCAGGCAGUUGUUGUCAAUUCUCUAGACUUUGGAAACAGCUGGAAAGUCUCUGCAAGCUGCCCCGAUGCAAAGAGCAAAAGGAGCCCCUGUACUGCCAACCCUUACAGGCAGUCUUGGUCACAGAAGCAGUGCAGCAUCAUACAGAGCAAAGUUUUCACAGACUGCCAUUCUAAAGUGGACCCCUCUCCUUUCUACGAUGCUUGUGUGACAGACUCAUGUGCUUGUGACAGUGGUGGAGACUGUGAGUGUUUCUGUACUGCUGUGGCAGCUUAUGCAGAGGCCUGUAAUGAGGCUGGAGCCUGCAUAGCCUGGAGAAGCCCACAAAUCUGCCCACUGUUCUGUGAUUACUAUAACCCCACUGGAGAAUGUGAGUGGCACUACAAGGCAUGUGGAGCUCAGUGUAUGAAGACCUGCAGGAAUCCCUCUGGGAGCUGCUCAACUCAGAUACCACCCCUUGAAGGUUGCUAUCCAAAAUGUCCUCCUGCUCAACCCUUCUUUGAUGAAGAUAUAAUGAAGUGUGUGGAGAAGGAGCAGUGUGGCUGCUAUGGCAGAGAUGGAAAACACUACAAUAAUGGAGAAAAAGUACCAACCACAGAAAACUGCCAGACAUGCUAUUGUAAUUCCGUGACAGUGGACUGCAAAUACGAUGAACAAGCUUGCACUUGCACCUACAAUGGGAACAAAUACCCCUAUGGGCAUAUCAUAUAUGAUACAACAGAUGGACAUAGGAGCUGUAUAACAGCAGUUUGUGGGAAGAAUGGAACCAUUCACAGGGACAUGUACCUAUGUUCAACUACAACUCCAAUUCCUUCUACUCUAUCUUCGAUUGUCCCUACCUCUACAUCAUCCUCUACAGUGACAACAAAUGUUUUCACUUUCUCAACACCAACACCAACUGCGCCAACCACAACUUCAACAGAGACAACAGUGUCUCCAACAACCUUUACUACUACAUGUGGAUAUCCAUGUGUGUGGUCACAAUGGUUUGAUACCACAUUCCCUACACUUGGAACUCCAGGAGGAGACUCUGAAACCUACAACAACAUAAGAGCAGAGGGACACGAUAUAUGUGAGAAGCCAAGCAAGAUUCAAUGCAGAGCCGAGAAGUACCCAAAUGUUAGCAUAAGCCAAGUGGGCCAAGUGGUGCAGUGUGAUGUAGCAGAAGGGUUGACUUGCAGAAAUGAAGACCAGUCAGGCAAAUUCCCACUGUGCUUUAACUACCAAGUUCGAGUCCUCUGCUGUGAUGAAAAUCUUUGCACAUCUAAGUCUACAACCAUUGCACCAACAACUACAAUGCCACCUGUUACAACAACAAACAAAAACGCAACCACCUCCACUAUAUCAACAACCACGUUGAAUACAAAUCCCCCAAACUGCACAGUUUGUGAGUGGUCACCUUGGUAUAAUGUGGACUAUCCUCAAUUUGGUCCUGGGGGUGGCGACAAUGAAUCAAUUAAAAAGAUUCUAGAAUCUGGAAAACAUAUUUGUGAAAAACCAGUGGAUGUCAUGUGCCAAGCAGUGCGAUAUCCAGGGGUCCCAUUGUCUGAAUUAGGACAAGAUUGUAGAAUGUAAUACGAAGGUUGGACUAAUAUGCCAGAACAAAGAUCAAGGCAUUCCUCCAAUAUGCCUUGACUAUGAAAUUAAGGUGAAGUGUUGUAAGACUGUGAAAUGUCAAACUACAACACCAGAAACUACAACAAGAUCUACUGUCACAGCUGCAACAUUGUCAACAUCCACAUUAACUACAUUAACAAGUAAACCAACGACAAUCACUACUCCUCCAACCUCAACUCAAACUCUAACCACAACUACAACUCCUACCACUACUCCAACACCCAAUACCACAAUCUUAAC